UCCAAAAUUUUAGAACCCUUCGAUCAAGCCUGUAAAAUGUCCAUGACAAACAAAUGCACAAUUUUUUAAAUGGCUGUAAAAAUUCUUAAACCGAUGUUUUCUUCUUUCGUAGAUUUCAAGUAGAUCAAAAGAAAGAUGAUGCAAGUUUUCAGUGGGCAUCACAUCAGAAAGUUUUUCAUUGACGCUAAAAGCCUUAUAACCCAGAAACAUAUAAAAUUUUCUGAACCCAACACAACAUUCAGUGAAAUCAAUGAAAAUAUUGCAGCACUAUGCAGUCAUGGCAUGUUGAAAGAGGCAUUGUAUCUUAUGAAUCGAUCAAACAUGUGUUUAGAAGAAGGUGAAACUUUGGUUGAUGCACGUCAAGUGUUUGACAAAAUGCCUCAACGAAGUGCGGUAUCCUGGAAUUCUAUGAUUGCGGGGUAUGUACAAAACGGAAAGAUUGAGCAAGCUUUUGAGCUAUUUAGAUAUAUGCAAGGAGCAAACGUGGAGUUAAAUGGGUUUGUUUUUGUCAGUGUUCUUCGCGGUUGCAUUAGCCACGGCAGCAUUGAACAGGGAAGGCAAGUGCAUGGAUAUGUUGUGAAAAUAGGGCUCGAGUUGAAUGUUAUUGUAGGAAGUGUACUUGUUGACAUGUAUGCAAAAUGUGAUAGUAUUGAAAAUGCAUGCAAAGUGUUUGACAAAAUGCCUGAACAAGACGUUGUUUCAUGGACUACUAUGAUUGCAGGAUGUGCUCAGGCAGAUCAAGGAGAGAAGGCCUUGAAGCUGUAUGUUAAAAUGCAAGAGCAAGGACUGAAAGGAAAUCAGUUUACAUUGACAAGUGUUCUCACAGCAUGUGCCGGCAGAAUGAGUUUGGAAGAAGGUAUGCAAUUUCAUGCCUAUUUGAUUAAGAGUGGAUUUGAGUUAUCUAUUUUUGCAGCAAAUGCACUUGUUGAUAUGUAUGCUAAAUGCAAACGCAUAGAGGAUGCCUUCCAUGUGUUCAAUAAAAUGCCAAAGCGAGAUCAUAUUUCGUGGAGUACAAUGGUUGUAGGAUAUGGUCAGAAUAUGCUUGCUAAUGAGGCCCUGGAACUUGUUUGUGAAAUGCAGUGGGAAGGAGUGAAACCAGACAAUUUUGCCUUUGCUAGUAUUUUGAGUGCAUGUGCUGGCAUAGCAGCUAUAGAACAGGGGAUGCAGGUCCAUACCCAAAUAAUACAAAUGGGAUUUGAGCAGGAUAUAUAUGUGGAGAAUGCUCUCGUUGACAUGUACAGCAAGUGUGGAAACAUAGAGGCUGCAUGGAAUGUCUUUGAUAGCAUUUAUAACCCUAAUGUAGUCUCAUGGACCGCAAUGAUUACAGGAUAUGCAAAGCAUGGUCUUGCCGAAAAGGCAAUCCAACUGUUUGAGCAAAUGCUACAGGUUGGUAUUAUGCCAAACCAUAUAACCUUUGUUGGUGUACUUUCUGCAUGCAACCAUGUUGGCCUAGUUGAGAAAGGUUACCGUUACUUUGAAUCCAUGAUUCAUGAUUACGGCAUCACUCCUAGAAUGGAACACUAUGUCUGCAUGGUCGACCUUUACGGCCGUAAUGGAUGUUUGGAGGAGGCAAAGAACCUUAUUGAUAGAAUGCCAAUUAAACCUGAUGCUUUGGUGUGGCAGACUCUACUUGGUUCUUGCAAAGUACAUGGGAAUAUGGAACUGGGAAAAGUUGCCGCUGAACAUGUUAUUGAAUUGAAACCACAUGACUCGGCAGGUUAUGUGCUCCUUUCAAACAUCUAUGCCACCGCUGGCAGGUGGGAUGAAGCAGCAAAUGUGUGGAACACAAUGAAACAAAGAGGAGUUAUAAAAGAGCCUGCACAUAGUUGGGUUGUUAUCAAGAACAAGGUGCACGCUUUUGUUGCUGGAGACAGGUCACAUCCACAGGCAGAGGAGAUCUAUAAGACUUUAGAGAAACUGGUUGCAGAGAUGAAAGAGGCAGGCUACGAACCUAACACGGAGUCUGUGUUACAUGAUGUAGAGCAGGUGCAGAAGGAAAAUUCUCUCUACACCCAUAGUGAGAGAAUGGCCAUUGCAUUUGGGCUUAUGAGUACACCUGAAGGGACACCUAUCCGAAUCAUAAAGAAUCUUCGUGUAUGUGGUGAUUGUCAUGAAGCUGCCAAGUUUAUCUCGAAGGUUGUUCAGAGAGAAAUUGUUAUAAGAGAUACUAAUCGGUUCCAUCAUUUCAAAGAUGGAUUAUGUUCAUGCAGAGACUAUUGGUGAUUUAGGACAAUACAUCCAAUUAAGUUUAUAAACCAUCUACAUGCUUGCAGCAAGGAUAUGACGGAGAACACUUCUGCUUUUGAAUUUAAUAGAGGAGACAAUGUAGGAUACUAAUGGACUCUGUGAAUCUAAGUGAAAGAAUGGAGCACGGCUGAAAGAUAGUAUCUGUUGAUGUGGAACGAAGGUGGAGUGUAAAUUUAACUGCUGACGUCUAGCAUGAACUACAAGGACCUUCCUAUGGUUCAAUUCAUAUUUGCAAGACCUGGGCACAGAUCCGGCAGAUCGAUUUUUGAGUCGAACUUGAACUCAACACUGAAAGCAAAUUGAAAAAACUAUCAUAAAUAUCAAGUUUAUUAUGUCGAGAGGUAUCUACAAUGACAUCAAAGUGCCCAUAAACAAAAAUCUAUUUUUGAAAAAAUUUGACAUGCAAAUGACAGGUAAAUGCAUGAAAUAUGCCAUGUUUCAGCUUUUGUGGAGGUGUUAUUUUAUUACUCCAACUAAAAUAGAUCCCUCGCCACUUGUUUCCAGCUAGAUUCACAGUUUUUUGCAUGGAGGACUUUAAUCGAUUUGUAUUCUUCAUGUUUAGCAUUUUAGAAAAACAUUUAUUUUAAGAUGAUUCUUUUCUAUUAUAAGAUAUCUCUC